UGUUUCAAUUCUAUGCUGCAGUUAUCUCUAUCAGCAUCUAAUUUGCUUGAUCGUGAUAUCACUUCAAAGAGUGAUCCCAUGGCUGUGGUGUAUGCAAAGAAAAUAGAUGGUAAACUAGAGGAGUUAGGUCGCACUGAGGUUGUACUGAAUAGUUUGAAUCCUGUAUGGAUAGAAAAAGUUAUAGUUGCAUUCCAGUUCGAGAUCGUGCAACCAUUGGUAUUUCAUGUGUAUGAUGUGGAUACAAAAUAUCAUAAUAUACCUGUGAAGAUGCUGAAAUUGAAGGAUCAAGAAUUUCUUGGAGAGGCCACUUGUGUUCUAUCAGAGGUAGUGACUAACCAAACUCGGAGUUUAACCCUAAAUCUCCAUAUAAAAAAUGGGCAUACGGGCUUGAGGAACUUUGGGGCACUCACUAUCCAUGCAGAGGAAACAGUUGCUUCGAGGAGUUGUGUUGAGAUGAUAGUCCAUUGUUCCCACUUGGAUAACAAGGACCUAUUCUCUAAAAGUGAUCCUUUUUUAAGAAUAUCUAGAAUCGUUGAGACCGGAGGUUCUGUUCCAAUAUUCAAGACUGAAGUGGUGAACAACAACUUGAAUCCAAUUUGGAAACCCCUAUGCCUGAGUAUACAGCAGUUUGGAAGUAAGGAUAACCCAUUAAUUAUUGAGUGCUUUGAUUUCAAUAGCAAUGGCAAUCAUGUGCUUAUUGGUAAGCUCCAAAAGUCAGUGGCAAACCUGGAAAAACUUCAUAAAGAAAGAAGUGGUGCAAAUCUCACCUUACCAUCUUCUCAUCGUGGUCAUGAUAAGGUUUUGAAGGGACAGCUGUUUGUGGAUCAAUUUUGUGAAAAGCAACAGUAUAGCUUUUUGGAUUACAUUUCUAGUGGAUUUGAGCUUAACUUUACGGUUGCUGUUGACUUUACAGCCUCAAAUGGAAAUCCUCGAAAUCCAGAUUCUUUACACUACAUUGAUCCAUCUGGUCAGUUGAAUUCUUAUCAACGGGCUAUAUUGGAGGUUGGGGAGGUCAUUCAGUUUUAUGAUUCUGAUAGGCAUUUUCCUGCUUGGGGCUUUGGAGGAAGAACAUGUGAUGGGACCACAUCGCAUUGUUUUAACUUGAAUGGAAGUGCAGGUGCCUUUGAGGUUGAAGGAGUUGAGGGCAUUAUGGCUGCUUAUUCAAGUGCUCUACAUAAUGUUGCUCUGGCAGGACCCACUUUAUUUGGCCAAGUGAUCAACAAAGCUGCACAAAUUGCUGGCCAGUCCAUCUCCUACAACAGCAACAAGUACUUUGUUCUGCUCAUUAUUACGGAUGGAGUCCUUACAGACCUACAAGAAACAAAAGACGCUCUGGUCAGGGCAUCUGAUCUUCCACUAUCAAUUCUCAUAGUAGGAGUGGGAGGUGCUGAUUUUACGCAAAUGGAGGUGCUUGAUGCUGACAAUGGAAGACGAUUAGAGAGCUCUACGAGUCGUGUGGCAACACGUGACAUUGUACAAUUUGUUCCAAUGCGAGAAGUACAUAUUGGACAGAUUUCUGUGGUUCAGGCUCUAUUGGAAGAGCUACCUGGACAGUUUUUGACAUACAUGCGGGGUAGAGAUAUCAAGCCACGCCCUCUUCAUGUAGCCCCAACGUCUGCUUGAGAACAUUUUCCAAGUCCACAAGAUGUACAAACAUGCUGAUUUUGCUCACAACAACUAAAAGUUUUAAAAGGUCUGAACCACUAAUAGGUCUACUUACCUGAAAGGAGCUUGUUAUUUUUUUUAGGCUUGAAGAUUGAACCACUAAUGGGUUGAUUUGCUCGUAAAGAUCUCUUUAUUUCAUCCUAAUAGAAAACAGUAUAGUUGUUUUU